GGUUAAUAAGAAAUCGCAUAUCCGGGUUGAGGUACCGUGACGACUUGCACACAGGACACACCUCUGAAUCAGUCCCAUGGUCAGGCAUGUUAGCUCCGGUUGGAUGUACACGUAGGUUGAGGCUGCGCAGGUGCUGGUGGAGAGGCUCACCAUCUUCUUCGCCGCGGUUCCGUGUGCCGUUAGACUGGAAAGACAUGCUACAGGCGAAUAGUGGAAUCCAGGGAGGACAGACUGAAUAGUCUGCUUGGUAUUGGUAGGCAAGGAUCCCGGCUACCAGACAAGUGGUGUUGUAGUUGUUUUUAUUGUUUGUGUCUAAAUAUGUGAAGGUUGGUUAAUCUGAGAUGGGUGAGGUCAGGAUGGAGCUGUGUCCUGGCUGGCGCCACCAAUGGGAAGAAGCCUCUUCCGCCGCAGCCACGGAGAAUUCUUCCCGCGCACAAAGUAUCAUUCUUCCUCACUCUACGGAGUACACAUCUCGUUCAUACGACACUGAUGGAUAGAUAGCUCAGCCUCACUAUAUACAUGCUUCUUAGUCUGUAUAGGAGUUAUUUCAAUCCCUUUUACCAUGGCACAACCGACAGAUCACCUUGCAAGUCUUGAGCGGCAGCGGCUGCAACUCGAAGAUAGCAUCCUGGAGCUUAGGAAAUCCCUCUACAACUGGCGAAUGUGGCAUGCAGAAUACGAUGAGCUGAAGAAUACCAUCUCAGAACUAGAAGAAAACAGCGAACAUGAAGAUUUUCUCAAGAUCGGGAGAGAGUUUGGCGGAUCCCUUGUCAACGAGGACGAGAUCAAGGUUCUACUGGGCGUGAAGCAUGGUGUGACGAGGACAAAAGAGCAGGUGGUGGAUGCUAUAUCAAGACGGAUGGACUAUGUUCAGCAAAAUAUCGGAGUGCUUGAGAAGCGCGUCUCAGCUGCAGAAGGGAAGCUCGAGGCUAUCCUCACGGUUCAACACCCUGGCGCAGUCGACGAAGAAGGCCUACCCAUUACAGAUAUCGUUGAGGAGCUUGAUGACGACGACCGCGUUGUUUCGAGUUCUACAACCACUCCUGAGCAGGCUGCACCCGGAAUUCUGGAGGCUUUGAAGAAAGCAGGCAUGGAUCUUUCGAAGGAGAAGACUGAUGAUAAACCAUCACUGGCCGAAGAAGGCAAAAAUGACACUUCACUGGAGAACACUGACUCCGUUAGGCGUCCUGAUUUUUCACUACGCGUUGAAGAGAUACCUUCUACUAAAGGUGUUUCAAACACAAAAUCAGAUACCGCAACAACGGCUACGGAGGCUACUCCUCCACUUGACGCUACUACAGAGUCUGCUGCUGGUUUGGGUACUACCGCUAACACCUUUGGAAUCGAGAACAACAACCGUUCAUUAGUCCUCGAAACUGCCCAUACUAAUGACGCGACUGCCGAUAUAGAUAUAGAUGAGCCCCCGGAAGAUGCUGCUCUGAGAAGAGAAAUGUUACAGUACAGCCUUGAGGAGGUUGGUGCUGUUGUUGCAGAACUGGAGUUGGACGAAUCAGGAAGUGAAUUUUCUAUUGAAGAUGAAUAUUACGUGAUGAGUGACGAGGAUGACGAGGAAGAAGAUGAAUAUGGUCGGUCUACACGAAGGAUGAUCGAUGAUGACUAUCGUCGCCAGAUGGUGGAAUUGGAGAAAAAGUUGAAUGCGCGGAGUUUGGAAAAUGUUGGACCUGAUACCAGCUCCCUUCCACCAGAAAUCCGAGAAGAGAUGGAUGCGCCUACCUCUACGAAGGUUGUUCCUAAUACAGGGAGCGGAAAAGUCCCAAAGAAAAAGAAGAAAGUUGCAUUUGCGGAUGCGCUAGACCUUGCACCGGAUCCAGCUGCGCUCACACCUCCAGCACCUAUUAAGGAGCACCGUGUUGAGUCACCCUCCGUUCCAGUCGUUCAAGACGCUAUUGUAGAACGAGCGCAAGCAGAAAAGGUAGAUGACACGAAGGGGACUACGGCGCCGAAGAAAGCGUCCCGGUUCAGGAGUGCAAGAAAUGCCUCUGAACCAACUAGCAUAGCAUCUACUUCCGCCAUGCCAGGAUCCGCAACUCGCCCAUCAGCUCCCUCUACCAAUGCUCCACCACUACCACUAUUUCCCGCAAAGCCUUCACAACCCAAGCCAUUUUCUCAGCCGAUCGUUGACCCAGACCAGCCACCAAAAGCUUUGGCGGAUAAGCUAGUGGAGCGGACUGUAUCCCAUGAGAACGCAACACCGCCCGAUCCAGAUGAAUUAGACGAGAGUCUCCAUAAGCAAGAAAUAGCCACCGAAUUUUACAAAUUUCGGAACCGCAAGGUUCAUCAAGAAGGCGGGUUCUUGCGCGAUGGUGAGGAGAACGAUGGAAUCAUUCCACUAGAUGAGGACGGCCAGCCGCCCAAAAGGCUUAGUCGGUUUAUGGCGGCACGGGUGAAGUAAGUAGCUCUGUAUAUUUACGACUGAUGAGCGCGUGUGACGACGAAAAUGAAGGAAGAAAUAAAUAAAUACGUAUAACUGUACAGUUUCCAUUUGUUUUGUGUCCUUCGCCCUCCUCUCGCAUCAGCCCUUUGCAAAAUGAACAACACGAGACAUUUCCCGUCAACACGGAACCGUCAUGGGGAGGAAGUGAAUCGUUCCUAAACCGAACGAGUAUUCUUUUUCCCUAACCUGGUCUGACUUUGCUGUAUUCCAAUCAUUUUGAGAAUACAACACCCUACAAUGUUAGACCUAAUAAAAGACGCUAUUGUGGUUCCAAGAUUAAAUGAAACACAAGAAAAAGUGGGCUCUCUGACUGCGUCCCUCCUUUUGCAGUCCGCCAGGCUUUCUACUCAUUCUUUACCCCUUUCUCUUCAUGUCUUCCGGCAAGGGGAGGAGGGGGUGAAGGAUAAAUGGAAAGUAGGCCGGGUAAGGGGCUCAGUGGGAUCUAUAUUGCGGUUUCGUUUCACCCACUACAUUUUUUCUUUCGUUGAUUCUGCUUUUGAAUUUUUCUGUAGAUGUGCUAUGAUUCAUACAUAGGAUGCGGGUGUAGGGGUAUGGUUACGGGAGCUAGGAUUCUUUCAAUGUUCAUCAUGGGGAUCCUCUCGUGUUCAAGGCUAGGGUCUGGGCACAUGUAAAUGUAGAAUGCGUGCAGCAGCCGUGUAAUUUCUAAUUCCCAAUAAAAUAAAAUAAAAUAAAAUAAAAUAAAAUGGGAAUCAUUUCUCAAAUAAAAAGGCUAG